AUGGCGGAGAGCGCGGCCUCAGCGGCCCUUAGCCCGCGCGGCCGUGCGGACGGGAAAGAUGCCGACCUCCUAGAGGAGGGGAUGGCGGAAACGGAGAGAGACGACCAGCAGCAGUUUGAGUGCCAGGAGCUUCUCGACUGCCAGGUGCAGGUGGGGGCCCCCGAGGAGGAGGAGGAGGACGCGGGCCUAGUGGCCGAGGCCGAGGCCGUGGCUGCCGGUUGGAUGCUCGAUUUCCUCUGCCUCUCUCUUUGCCGAGCCUUCCGCGACGGCCGCUCCGAGGACUUCCACCGGACCCGCGACAGCGCCGAGGCUAUUAUUCAUGGACUGUCGAGUCUAACAGCUUAUCAAUUGAAAACUAUAUACAUUUGUCAGUUUUUGACAAGAAUUGCCGCAGGAAAAACUCUUGAUGCACAGUUUGAAAGUGAUGAACGAAUCACACCGUUGGAAUCAGCCCUGAUGAUUUGGGGUUCAGUUGAAAAGGAACAUGACAAACUUCAUGAAGAAAUACAGAAUUUAAUUAAAAUUCAGGCUAUAGCUGUUUGUAUGGAAAAUGGUGAUUUUAAGGAAGCAAAAGAAGUCUUUGAAAGAAUAUUUGGUGACCCAAAUUUUUAUACGCCUUUAAAAAGGAAAUUGCUUAUGAUAAUCUCUCAGAAAGAUGCAUUCCAUUCAUUUUUUCAACACUUCAGCUACAACCACAUGAUGGAGAAAAUUAAGAGUUAUGUGAACUAUGUGCUAAAUGAAAAAUCAUCAACCUUUCUAAUGAAGGCAGCAGCAAAAGUAGUAGAAAGUAAAAGAGCAAGAACAAUAACUUCUCAAGAUAAACCUAACAGUAAUGAUAUUGAAAUGGAAACUGAAGCUAAUUUGGAUAUAGGAAAAAGUGUUAGUGACAAACAGUCUGCGGUAACUGAAUCCUCGCGGGAUAGAGUAUCCUUAUUGAGGUCUCACAGGAACCUCUUAUCUAAGUUGAAACAUGGAAGCCAGCAACAAGAUCUUAAUAAAAAAGGAGUGGGAACUCUUCAAAUUGGAAAAAAGAAAAAACACAGACAAGCCAGUACAAGCAAGAGCAUAUAUGUUGCAAAGAGUCAACCAGUUACUCCUGAAAAACAUCAACCUAGGAAAAAACAGCUGGACAUGAUGUGUCAGGCAUGGCUUUGGGAAGAAGACAAGAAUUUGAAAUCUGGUGUGAGAAAAUAUGGAGAAGGAAACUGGACUAAAAUACUAUUACAUUAUAAAUUCAACAACCGAACAAGUGUCAUGUUAAAAGACAGGUGGAGGACUAUGAAGAAACUAAAACUGAUUUGCUCAGACAGUGAAGACUGAGUGUGUUUAUAAAAGCUUGAUAAAAGGAAAGUUAAAUAUUUAGAUCACUGCAUUUUGUUUAAAACUUGCUGGUCAUUAAUGUGUAUUAAGUUUUUUGUUUAAAGCAUAAUAUUUUUCUGUGACAAUAUGAGGAUUUGUGCUACAAGAGUAAAAUUAUAUGCCAUCCUUACAUUCUUUAAGAAUCUUUAUAUUUUGCUGAAAUGUAAAUUUGUUGAACCCUGUCACAUUCAAUACCCCCACUCCCAAAUCCUGUUAAAAUAAAAAAUUAAAACCUGUUAGGGGAAAAAAUA